AUGGCAAAACUUUCACCUGAAGAAAUCAAAGAUGUACUUACGUCAAUCACGCAUGGUUUAUCAACUUCAACAUACGAAUGUAUGAUUUGCUGUGAAAAUAUACGUCCUGGCAACAGAACUUGGUCUUGUGGAGUUUGUUGGGCUGUUUUUCAUCUUAAUUGUACUCAAAAAUGGGCAAGAAAGUCAUCCAAUGGCUCUAGAACCACUGAAACAUGGCGUUGUCCAGGUUGUCAGAAUAUUUCUGACGUUAUUCCGGAAAAAUACAAAUGCUUUUGUGGCAAUGUAGAAAAUCCACUUAAUAAUCGAUAUCUUACUCCUCAUAGCUGUGGAAAUGUCUGUGGAAAAAAACGUGAUUGUCCUCAUAAUUGUACAUUGUUAUGUCAUCCUGGGCCUUGUCCUCCAUGUUCCGCUAUGGCACCUAUUCAGCAUUGUUACUGUGGCCGUGAAACUUUUCAGCUUAGAUGUAUUGAUGCUAAUUAUGGUAUCGGCAAAUCUUGUGGAGAAACAUGUGGCCAAUUACUAAGUUGUGGUAAACAUUACUGUGAAAAAGAAUGUCAUGAUGGGGCGUGUCCUAGAUGUAAUAUAAAUGAAAUGCAGAAAUGUUAUUGUGGAAAAACAGAACGGAAAGCAGAAUGCGGAGAUGGAAUACCUAUUCGCUGUUGUGAAGAGUUUAAUAACGAAUCUAAUGUUUGGACUGGUCUUUUUUCAUGUAAUAAUUCUUGCGACAGAUUGUUGGAAUGUGGGCAUCAUUCUUGUAAGAAAGAAUGUCAUCCAGUUACUGGUGAGCCAGAGCCUUGCCCAUUAGACCCUUCAAGAGUGAAAACAUGUCCUUGUGGUGCUGAAAGCAUAGUUACUUUACUUGGCCAUGAAAGAUUAUCCUGUACUGAGGAAAUACCACUUUGUGAUAACAUAUGCAAGAAAUUACUUCCUUGUGGUCAUGAAUGUCAAGAAUCAUGUCAUCAUGAUGAUUGUAAACCUUGUACUUUAAGCAUACGCGUCAAAUGUCGUUGUGGAAGCACGGAAUAUGAACGUAUUUGUUCUGAAGUAGUUGGUAAGACUGGUGAACCACCUACUUGUGAUAAAAUUUGUACUGGAAAUAGGAAUUGUGGAAGACAUCAGUGUAAUACUCGAUGUUGUCCUUCUGCGAAUAAAACCAAACCAUCUAAAAAACGGGUCACUCAACAGGACGAUGAUGAUGAGAAUCAUCGUUGUACUUUAAUCUGUGGAAAAAAAUUACAAUGUGGCCGUCAUUAUUGUCAAUUAUUAUGCCAUAGAAGUUACUGUAUGCGUUGUUUGGAGGCAUCAUUUGAAGAAUUAACUUGUCAUUGUGGUCGUACAAAAAUUUUUCCACCAAUUCAAUGUGGAGAAAAAGUUCCACCAUGUACUUUUGAUUGUAUUAGGUCUCGAAAUUGUGGUCAUCCAGGUAUAAAACAUCCUUGUCAUAAUGAUGAUGAACCUUGUCCACCUUGUCCUUACUUGGUUGACAAAAAAUGUACGUGUGGUAAAUCUACCGUUAAAAACGUACCUUGUCAUCAAACAAAUGUAAGCUGCGGACAAGUAUGUGAUCUACCAGUUAGUUGCGGAGGUCAUCGUUGUAAACGAACAUGUCAUUUAGGGGAUUGUUUAGCAAAUACUUCAAAUCAAUGUACUCAAAUUUGUGGAAAACCACGUAAACCUUGCGAUCAUCCUUGUGCUGUUCAAUGUCAUGCUCCAGCAAAAUGUCCCGAAGAUACACCAUGUCAAACCAAAAUUACUAUUAAUUGCGCAUGUGGUCAUCUUUCACAAAAUGUAACUUGUGGUGCCACAAUGGAAAAUGCUCUAAAAAUGGGAGAUCGACGAUUACAAUGUAAUGAUUUUUGUGCUUUGGCUGAAAGAAAUCGUAAAUUAGCAAAUGCCUUAGAGAUUACUGAUCGUGUAGGUGAUGGACCUUUUGCUAAAGCCAUUCCAGAAUAUGAAGAGGAUCUAUUUAAAUAUUUUGCUGUUCACAAAGAUUGGGCUAAAAACAUUGAAACAACUUUGGAAGAGUUUAUUAUGAAGUCACAAAAACCUACUUUGAACUUUCCACCGAUGAAGCCACCCCAUCGCAAGUUUGUCCAUAUAUUAUGUGCUCAUUAUCGAUUAUCAUCAGAGAGUAUUGAUGUUGAACCUAAGAGAAGCAUCGUUGUGAAAAAGAAGGCUGAUACCAUAAUUCCACCUAUUCUUCUUUCACAAGCGUAUAUUAAUUAUAAUAAAUCAAAUAGCAGUAACUCAACCUCUUCCGCAACAUCAUCUACGGCACCUGAACAAUUAGUGCGCAAACAAAAACAACCAUUUAAUGCGAUUUAUUUAUCAGAAAUACAACCUGGAAUGACAAUAGAAGAACUCCAUAAGAUUAUAGAACCAUUAAUGGGAAGGAACAAAUUUCAAAUUAAACGGGUAUCGGAUAGUGAUAUGACUGUCUUACCUUUAGUUGGUUCUAUGCAUAUGGAUGAAUUGGAAAGCUUAUUAGCGAAGCUAAAACUUUUAUUUAAAGACCUUAUAGUUGUGAAAGGAAUAGCAUCAUGGGUAGAAUUAUGUUGGGUAAAUUCUAAAUAUGAAGUAGUUUGGCGUGAAAGAGGGAAAAUUUUAAACAACUUUGAUGGAUAUAAAAGGGUUGAAUAUGAUUUUAGAAUUCCUUCAGUAAUAGCAAAUAAUAAUCCUUUUGAUAUAUUGGCCAAUGUAUCAAAUAGUACAUCAUCUGCUCGAAACACUGUUAUUGGAAGUAGUGAUAAUAAUAAUAAGGAACAACAACAAAAAGUAGAACCUGCAGCUAAUUUUGACAUUGUUGAAAAUUGGGAAUCGAUUUAUGAUGAAUAA